UAUCAAAUAAACCCGAAAGGCCUCUCUGGCUUUUAUUUUUUGUUUUGUGAUUUUCCCUCUCUGAGUUGAGUUCAAUCAUGGCUGCUAAAGAAUCUCCCGGACCCUCCAUCCCUGUCACUCCUCCAGUCGUCAAGUCCGAGAUUCCUCCCGCUUCCGACCCUGACGCCGACGUCGUACACGUCCCCAGCUACUCCAGAUGGUUUUCAUGGGACUCUGUCAAUGAAUGCGAGGUGAAAUUUCUUCCUGAAUUCUUUGAUUCACGUUCCCCUUCCAAAAACCCUAGAGUUUACAAAUACUAUAGGAAUUCUAUAAUCAUGAAAUUUCGAGAAAACCCUUCGAGGAAGAUCACUUUCACAGACGUCAGGAGGACUCUUGUGGGUGACGUGGGCUCCAUUCGAAGAGUAUUUGAUUUUCUUGAGACUUGGGGACUUAUCAAUUUCUUGGCUUCUGUCAAGCCCCUCAAGUGGGAAGAUAAAGAAACUAAGUCUGCUGCUCCUUCCGUUGAAUUUGCUGCUUUACGUAAGGAGACUUCUAAGAGGGUUUGCAAUGGUUGCAAGUCUCUUUGUACCAUUGCUUGUUUUGCUUGUGAAAAGUACGAGUUGACGCUUUGUGCUAGAUGCUAUGUUCGUGGGAACUAUCGGGUGGGUGUUAGUUCUUCAGACUUUAGGCGGGUUGAGAUCAGUGAGGAGACAAGAACAGAAUGGACAGAGAAAGAGACUUUGCUGCUUCUGGAGGCUGUUAUGCAGUAUGGUGAUGACUGGAAGAAAGUUGCACAACAUGUUCCGGGUAGAUGUGAGAGAGAUUGCAUUGCUCAUUUUAUCAAGCUUCCUUUCGGGGAGGAAUUUAUUGGUCAGCCGGACUCAGGGGAGGAUGAUAGCAAAAUUAAUCAUAUGAAUAAUUCUGGCGAUGCCGAAAGUGAAUUGUUAAGUGAUGGCACAACAUCCCCUAGUAAAAAAAUGCGCCUCACUCCUCUUGCAGAUGCAAGCAACCCAAUCAUGGCUCAGGCUGCUUUUCUAUCGGCUUUGGCUGGUGUUGAGGUUGCUGAAGCAGCUGCUCGAGCAGCUGUGACAACUCAGUCAGAGGUUGAUAACAGAACAAGUAAACCGAGUCUUGGCUCUCUUGUCAGAAACAUGAAACAUCAAGAAGCUGAAGUUGCAGCUAAUGGUGAUACCACUGAAAAUGUACUGGAAAGGUCUUCUUUUGAUGCAAAUUCCUUGAUAGAGAAGGAGCAGCUGGAUCUCGAGAAAGCUGUUACUGAUAUCAUGGAAACACAGAUGAAAGAAAUCCAAGAGAAGAUUGUUCGUUUUGAAAAGUUGGAUCUGCAGAUGGAGAAAGAAUGGCAACAGUUGGAGGAAAUGAAGAAUAUGCUUUUUGUUGAUCAACUUUCUCUUCUGUUUCAUAAAACUUCUGCUCCAAAAUCGGGAGAUCACAUUGAGGAGAAUGUCAAAAUUCAUAUUCAAUAGUUGUUUGCAUGUACUAUAUUUAUUAAAUACUAAAUUUAUAUCUUUUCGCCUAUUUGUUGGAUUUCUUUGAAUG